GGCAGGGGCGAGGGUGGGCCGGACGGCGCCCCCUGCGGCCGGGCUGCGGGCCGGCGGGCGGGGCGGGGCGGCCCGAGGCAGCAGCGCCCGCCGCGGCCCCAUGCUGCUGCCCCUGGCCUGCCUGCACGGCCGGGUGGCGCAGUGCCUCACGGCGCUCCUGGUGCUCGCAGAGCCGCCCCCCCGGCCCCGGCGCGGCGCGAGGGUGCACGGCGCACCACCGUCGCGCGCGGAGGCCGCCCUGCCCGCGAAGAUGGCCGCGGAGCUGUACCCGGCCGCCGGCGCCGCGGCCGCCACCGCCACCGCCACCGCCACGGACAUCGCUAACAGCAACGCCGCCGCCGCCGCCGCCGCCACGGGCAGGAAGGGCCCGCCCAGCGCCCCGCCGCCCGUCCCGCCGCCGCCCGCGCCCGCGCCGCCCGCGCCCGACAACAACAACUUGGAGAGUCCCAACUGGCAGUCCUUCCACCCGACCCUGCGCGAGAGGAACGCGCUGAUGUUCAACAACGAGCUCAUGGCUGACGUCCACUUCAUCGUGGGGCCCCCGGGAGCGGCCCGCAGGGUGCCCGCCCACAAGUACGUCUUGGCCGUUGGGAGCUCUGUCUUCUAUGCCAUGUUUUAUGGCGAUUUGGCAGAAGUUAAGUCAGAAAUCCACAUCCCCGACGUGGAGCCCGCAGCCUUCCUAAUCUUGUUAAAGUACAUGUACAGUGACGAGAUCGAUCUGGAAGCCGACACGGUGCUGGCCACUCUCUAUGCUGCCAAGAAGUACAUCGUGCCGGCACUAGCUAAAGCCUGUGUUAAUUUCCUGGAGACCAGCCUGGAAGCCAAAAACGCUUGUGUCCUGCUGUCCCAGAGCCGGCUGUUUGAGGAGCCCGAGCUGACCCAGCGCUGCUGGGAGGUCAUCGAUGCUCAGGCGGAGAUGGCUCUGAGGUCUGAAGGCUUCUGUGAGAUUGACUGGCAGACGCUGGAGAUUAUCGUGACGCGGGAAGCCCUCAACGCCAAGGAGGCCGUGGUCUUCGAGGCCGUCCUGAGCUGGGCGGAAGCAGAGUGCAAGAGGCAGGGCCUGCCGGCCACCCCGCGCAACAAGAGGCACGUGCUGGGGCCCGUCCUCUACCUGGUCCGGAUUCCGACCAUGACCCUGGAGGAGUUCGCCAACGGCGCCGCCCAGUCGGACAUCCUGACGCUGGAGGAGACCCACAGCAUCUUCCUGUGGUACACGGCCGCCAACAAGCCCCUCCUCAGCUUCCCGCUGACCAAGAGGAAGGGCCUCGCCCCGCAGAGGUGCCACCGUUUCCAGUCCUCCGCCUACCGCAGCAACCAGUGGCGCUACCGCGGGCGCUGUGACAGCAUCCAGUUUGCCGUGGACCGAAGGGUGUUCGUGGCAGGGCUGGGCUUGUACGGCUCCAGCUCCGGGAAGGCUGAGUACAGCGUGAAGAUUGAACUGAAGCGGCUGGGGGUGGUGCUGGCUCAGAACCUGACCAAGUUCGUCUCAGACGGCUCCAGCAACACCUUCUCGGUCUGGUUUGAGCACCCCGUGCAGGUGGAGCAGGACACCUUCUACACGGCCAGCGCUGUCCUGGAUGGCAGCGAGCUCAGCUACUUUGGGCAGGAAGGCAUGACGGAAGUGCAGUGCGGGAAGGUGACCUUCCAGUUCCAGUGCUCCUCGGACAGCACCAACGGGACCGGGGUCCAGGGUGGGCAGAUCCCAGAGCUCAUCUUCUAUGCCUGAGGUGGCAUGGGUACGCCGUGAGGGGCGCUGGGAGGGGAAGGGACGUGCGGGAGGCCGUGCUACCCCUUCACCCCCCGCCGACUGCCUCGCUGACGUCAUUAAAGACCUUGCUUAGUUUGUA